AUGCCAGAUUCCGUGUCUGGCCAGCAGCAGCAGCAGGAGUCUCGCUUUCGAUUGCGGACGGAACACGCACGACAGCGCGAUGUCUGGAGAUACCUGUAUCCAUGGAGCAGAGAGUAUCACCGGGCGCUGCUGCUCAAUCCACACAUCUUCCCCACCGACAAGGACCAGCCCAUCACCACCACGCCUCGACCAUGUCCCGACAUCGCGUUGGCGGCCUUUGCCCAGCUCGUCGCGCUUCGACUGCACGCGCGCCGCUGUCUGAUCACGCUCUGCACCGGCGAAAUCGACUAUGUUCUGACGGAAGCCACCAAGACAAUGAGUCUGCAGUACGAGUCGGUCGAGGAUGCGCGGGAUGCCCCAUGGCUGGGCACGUGUAGCUAUCUGAGCGACGAUGGCUUGAACAGUCUGGCCAUGGACAGUUGGAGACGAGCACGGCACGUUCGCCAUGCGCCCGCGGAGCAAGACUACUUUUACACCGAGAGCAGCUCGGCGCAUUGGCAGAUCAUAAGCGAUGUGCGUGGCACCGGACACCUUGCUCAGCGCGGUUUCGUGCGGCGCAGUUCUGGCUUGCGCUUCUACGCUGCCAUCCCGUUGAGGAGUGGCAGCGGGUCGGUUCUUGGCAGUUUGGCGAUUUUGGACGAUAUGCCCAGGCAUGGGAUCAGCGCUGUAGAGAUGUCGUAUUUGGAAGAGGUUGCUGACACCAUCACCCAGCACCUCAACGCCACCGUCGUGCACUCGCAGCGUCAGCGGAGUGAGCGCAUGGUGCAAAGUCUAGGACUCUUCAACAAUGGCAAAUCUAGCCUGCGACGUUGGUGGCUCAAGCAGGAAGCUACACGUGUAUCGGCCGCGGGGAGACACAAAAGUGGGAAGAUGACUCGAGGCGAACAAACAACCGCCGCCAACGAGGAAUUCGGGUUCAAGACUGGGUCGACUUCUGACAGAGAGACCACUUCAGCCCGCACCUACGCGAGAGCGAGCAACCUCAUGCGGGAAGCAAUCGGUGCGGACGGCGUCGUCUUCCUGGAAGUAAGCUCUCACUCAACCGGUACCAAAGGUCCUAGUCUGGACACCAGCAGCGCCAGUGAUCGUUUCGUACAUAGACUGACCAGCGAUGGAGAGGCGUCUGACACUACAGCCGGCACCAUGUGUCGUCUGCAUGCAUUCUCGUCGAUAGAAGACUCGAGUAUCAACAACGCAAUGAGAUUGGCUUCAGGCUUCAAUAUGCCCGAGAGACUUUUACUUCAGCUAAUCCGGCAGUACCCUAACGGCCAUAUCUUCAAUUAUGAUGCGAAUGGUGCGGACUGCACUUCUUCUGGCGGCGACGAAUCAGCAAACUCAUCGGCAGGAUCCAAGAGAAAGAGGAGUGUCCGUGGACACACACUUCCAGAGAUCAUGCCCAAUGCCAAAUCGAUCGCGUUCUAUCCCAUUUGGAACGAAGAUCAAGAUCGUUUCACCUCGGCCACUUUCCUAUGGAGCACAUCGCCCUAUCGAUACUUCGAUCCAAUCGAAGAUAUUACCUACUUGGCUUCCUGGGGUCACUCUCUACUCGCAGAACUGGGUCGCUUGGAAACGAUUGCUUCUGAUAAAGCGAAGGGCUCAUUCAUCUCAUCUGUCAGCCAUGAGCUCAGGAGUCCUUUGCAUGGCAUUCUGGCAGGUGUCGAAUUUCUCAUGGAAAGUGACCUCUCUGCAUUCCAGCAGGAGAUGGCCCGUACUAUCUCCAUGGCAGGCCGUACCCUUCUGGACACCGUGAACCAUAUUCUUGAUUAUGCCAAGAUGAGUAGCUUCACACGUGCUGAACGGAAGUCACGAAUUAGUGCAGAUGAAGAACGGCAAUUGGCUGGCGCCUCACCGGCUGAUAAGAUGCCCGAUGAGAUUGGAGUGUCCACUGAGUUCGAUCUAGCAAAUUUGAUUGAAGAGGUCGUUGAGACCAUCGUGUCUGCACAUCGUUUUGGAGAACGCUCCCGUAACGCUGGGUCGAAAAAAGUAUCAGUCACUCUCAAUAUCUCGUGGCGGAAAAGCUGGAAAAUUCGCGGCUCUCCAGGCGCGUGGACACGCAUCGUGCAGAACCUUGUUAGCAACGCUCUGAAAUACACUACGAAAGGCGUUGUGGCUAUUCGCCUCGAUCUCCUAGAUCGACCCAUCCGGUUCUCUGUGCAAGAUUCGGGGAUCGGCAUAUCGAAGAAGUUUCUCGAGACUGGUCUGUAUACUCCCUUCAAGCAGGAAAGCUCACUUUCUUCGGGUACUGGACUAGGUCUGAGCAUCGUGCAGCAAAUCUGCAAGGACAUGAAUGCGACAAUAGCACUCGACAGUACGUUGGGCAAGGGCACAACCGCAACUGUGGGUAUGAAUGCUGCCUUCGUAGCAAAUGUCGAGGAUCCAGAUGUUGGCUCUGGCUUAUCGUUUCGGAUGGAGCUCAACGUCAGCAAAUACCACUGGAUUGUACCCACUCCCGAUGAGGACACUGACCUAGGAGCUUUGGGAGUAUCGGUAAUGGAGACUGCGAAGUCUUGGCUACAAUGUGAUACCAGUCAUGGACCCUCGUUUAGCAACGAAGGUACAGGACCUUGUGUUGUCGCAAUUGCGGAGGACCUACUUCUGCUAUGGGCUCAGGAAGGACCACAAGCCCUGCGAAAGCGGAUGGCAGCUUUCGGAAAGAUGCCUCCGCAUGUGUUAGUUCUGGGCGACUCUCUGCAGAGCGUCUUCCUGCGAGUACCUGCGGAGGACCUCCCGUUCUCAGCUGUCUUGAUUCAUCAACCAGUUGGACCACAGAAACUCCUACGUGCCAUAACCUCUGACAGAGAUUCCACUCAGCUUGGCUCUCAUCUUGAGAAGGGGCCGUGGGACUUCCCUGUACCGUACAGCAGCAUGACACCACAGCUGCAUCUUAUAGACGCUCCUUCUCCUGCUGCUGCAGAGGUCUCCGCAGGUUCAGCAGGCCCAGAUGGUACGAAGCCCCAAGAUCCGGGAAGUUUGACCCCGACAACCAGCUUUGCAAGCUACGAGGAGCAGCCCACCAGGAGCCCGAGCAUACGACAGAAAGGUUUUGGCAACACGGUCUUACUGGUCGAGGACAACCAGAUCAACAUGAGGGUCCUGGUCAUGCUCAUGAAACGGCAAGGGGUUCCAUACCUGUGCGCGAACAAUGGUCGUGAAGCUGUGGAUCUAUUUCGCGCGAAUCCGGAAUCUUUCUUCCUUGUCCUGAUGGAUAUCAACAUGCCGGUCAUGGACGGCUUCCAAGCUACGGCAAAGAUACGAGAGACAGAGCGUAAACGUCGAUUACCAAGAUCGUUUGUGGCUGCUUUGACAGGUGUGACGAACGAGGAGGCUAAAACGCAGGCCUUUGCGAGUGGAGUGGACGAGUUUUUGAGCAAGCCUGUGCUCCUGAAGGAGAUGAAGGAGAUGAUCACUAAAGCACGGCAAAGGGAAAUGGGACGUGCAACGACACCAUUCGAAAUCUCCACGACAGCAGCAAUGGGGAAGACAGUACCGCAUACGCCUUGA